AAACAAACAAAAAUAGCAUGGUGGGUCAUGAAAGUAAAAAACUCCGUCGAAGUAGAUCCCGAGAGCGAACACAUGACCGGCGGGAACGUCGCCGGUCCAGAAGUCGCUCCAAAGACCGGAAAAAAGACGCGUCUCGCAAAAGAUCGCGCUCUAGAGAACGAGAUCGUUCUAGAGACCGCGACCGUUCUAGAGAACGCGACCGCGAUCGUGAGAGAAAUCACGAACGCGGACGUUCUCGAGAGCGCCGAGAAGUGACCAACAAGGACAAGGACAAAGAUAAAGACAAUAAGAGUCACGAUAAACCGCGAAAGCCAAGUCCGAUAUUCGUGAUCGAUGAUGAGCCGAAGAAAGAUUCCGCGGAGGGUCAGGACAAGGAGGACGAUGAGGAGGAUAAAAAGUCUAAGCGCGAGCCGCUGAGUCUCGAAGAAUUGCUCGCUAAGAAAAAAGCCGAAGAAGAAGCUCGGGCCAAGCCGAAGUUUCUUACUAAGGAAGAGAGGACUGCGCUAGCGCUGAAGAAGCGCCAGGAGGAAGUCGAGAAUUUGAGGAAGCAGCAGCUGGAGGACAGGAAAAACUCCGCUGAUGUUGGAAGCUCCAAAGAUUCCAGGGACUGGGAUGAUCGAGAUAACUCGAGAAGAAGAGACUCUCAGCGCAGGGAGGAAGAGAAUAAAGAUAAGGAUAAAGAGAAGGAAGUCGAGGCUAUCAAGGAACGAUAUCUUGGACUUAUUAAGAAGAAACGACGGGUUCGCAGGCUUAAUGAUAGGAAGUUUGUCUUUGAUUGGGAUACCUCUGAAGACACUUCUGUGGAUUAUAAUAAUAUUUAUAAGGAGCGACACCAGGUCCAAUUUUUCGGGCGCGGAAACAUCGCAGGAAUCGACAUAAAAGCCCAGAAGCGAGACCAAAGUAAAUUCUACGGAGAGCUCCUGGAAAAAAGGCGUACUGAGGCUGAAAAAGAGCAGGAGAAGAUGCGUCUUAAGAAAGUAAAGCGCAAGGAAGAAAAACAGAAGUGGGACGACCGCCAUUGGUCCGAGAAAGCCCUGAACGAGAUGACGGAGCGCGACUGGCGGAUAUUCCGCGAGGACUACAAUAUCACAAUCAAGGGAGGAAGAAUUCCGGACCCGAUCAGGUCCUGGAAGGAGUCUGGGUUCCCCAAAGAAAUCCUGGACAUCAUUGACAAGGUGGGUUACAAGGAUCUGACCCCGAUCCAACGGCAAGCUAUUCCUAUUGGGCUCCAGAACAGGGAUAUUAUUGGUGUAGCUGAGACUGGGUCAGGUAAGACUCUGGCUUUCUUGAUUCCGCUGCUACUCUGGAUCACGAGUCUCCCCAAGAUCGAGAGGCUUGAGGAAGCUGACCAGGGCCCGUACAGUAUAAUUUUAGCGCCGACUAGGGAGUUGGCUCAGCAGAUAGAGGAAGAGACCAACAAAUUUGGUCAGCCAUUGGGGAUCAGGACUGUUGUUGUUGUUGGAGGUCUUUCUAGAGAGGAACAAGGGUUCAGGCUGAGAAUGGGGUGUGAAAUUGUUAUUGCUACUCCUGGACGGUUGAUUGAUGUGCUGGAAAACAGGUAUCUUGUAUUGAAUCAAUGUACGUACAUAGUUCUGGACGAAGCAGAUCGUAUGAUAGACAUGGGUUUCGAGCCGGACGUACAAAAAAUCCUGGAAUAUAUGCCAGUGACGAACCUGAAGCCCGACAAUGAGGACGCGGAGAACGAGGAGAAGUUGUUGGCUAACUAUAACACCAAGAAGAAGUACAGGCAAACGGUGAUGUUCACUGCGACGAUGCCUCCAGCGGUGGAGAGGCUGGCAAGGACGUACCUCAGGAGGCCAGCGGUGGUCUAUAUCGGCAGUGUCGGCAAACCCACCGAGAGGACUGAACAGAUCGUUCAUAUCAUGGGAGAAGCUGACAAACGGAGGAAGCUCAUGGAGAUUCUUAACAGAGGCGUCGAGCCCCCGGUUAUUAUUUUCGUUAACCAGAAGAAGGGCGCAGAUGUUCUCGCUCGUGGAUUAGAGAAAAUUGGGUUUAAUGCUUGUACGCUCCAUGGAGGUAAAGGACAAGAGCAAAGAGAGUACGCUCUUGCAUCGCUUAAAGGCGGGAGCAAGGACAUUUUGGUGGCAACUGAUGUCGCUGGUCGUGGUAUUGACAUUAAAGAUGUUUCUAUGGUCAUUAAUUAUGACAUGGCUAAAACUAUUGAAGAUUACACGCAUCGUAUUGGUAGAACAGGUCGUGCCGGUAAAGCCGGUCUUGCAAUAUCUUUCUGUACAAAGGACGACAGUCACCUGUUCUACGACCUGAAGCAGACAAUCCUGGGUAGCCCGAUAUCAACUUGCCCACCGGAGCUCCUGAACCAUCCGGAAGCCCAGCACAAACCCGGUACCGUCGUCACGAAGAAACGUCGUGAGGAAAAAAUAUUCGCGUAA